UCUUGGUGAAUAUGCAUUAUAGCUACAUCGUCCAAUAAGUGAUCAUGCAGAAUCAUUGAUAUUCUAGUAAUUUAAACAAAUAGAAUAUUGUGUAAUAAGGCGGCAACCUCGGUCUUUUCGAGAGGUCAAGUUUGCAAUAUCAGUCGUAGGUGAGGUGAAGAUGAAUAUUGCGAAUACGCGAGGCAAAAAGACCGUUGCCUCGUUGUUGCACACGAUUCUUUAUAUAUGAAGAAUACGUUGAGAGUUUUUUCACGAAAUUGAGGUUAGGGUCGCGUAAUGUCAGAUAUGUUCACGACCGCGCAUGCGCGCAGUACAGAAAAAACCACUUUCAACUCCUAAGGCUUGAAAGUGAUCUUUGCAGUACUCCGCACAUGCGCGUUCGCAGACUCACUUGAUCGUCAUAAAAACGAGCAUCUGGUGUACGUAAAAAACGUAUGGAAAAUCGCGUAAAACGUGCUCGCGUUAUAUAAAUUUAAUAUUUCGAAACUGCAAAUAUCUAAGAUUUGGAUAUCUACAUGUACUAAAUUUCGACGUGCGGAGUGCUCCACAACUAUACCCUAGUAAUUUUGCCGCGCCUGUCAGCCCUAGUACACGAAGGAUGAUUAAUAGUGCGUCCACGAUUCCUUCGUGUCGAAAUCUUCGCAUUGCGUUGCUCUAUCUUAUCCAGAACGUCUUCUGCAGAUGCGUAAUAUGUGCCGGAUAAGAGAUAACUGUUACAAUUGCUCAAGGACGCACCUUGUCGAACUGUUCAAGAGUAGGUAUGUGACGCAGACAAACAGCGAGACGUCAAUCCCUCGUUCAGUCAGUAAACCAAAAAAAUAUCACUGUGACUCGAGUUUACCCGCGGCGUGCUCGCAGUGCGGUUUUGCCGGCUGUGAGUGAACAUUGCUGAGCGUUAACUGGGAACAACGAAAGGUAUCACAACCCUGGUGAACCGUUUAUGAAGGAACGGAAACGAACUUUUUAACCCGGUUGAAAAAUUUCUGCAGGUGUCGAUUGUUCGUUUUAAGGGUUUAUUAAUCUCUAUAUGGUAUGGAAAAGAUGGUCGUUUCAGAGAACAAGCCGCAGGCAAUCAGAGCAGAAUGGGGAGGGGGCUUAGAGUUCCUGAUGUCCUGCAUUGCGACUUCCGUAGGGUUGGGUAACAUCUGGAGAUUUCCUUAUACAGCGUACCAAAAUGGCGGCGGAGCUUUCCUCAUUCCAUACAUAAUCGUCCUACUAAUAGUCGGCAAGCCAUUCUAUUAUUUGGAGGCAAUCCUGGGCCAAUUUACGAGCAAGUCGUGCAUUAAAGUAUGGUCGCUUUCCCCGGCUAUGAAAGGGAUCGGAUAUGGCCAGCUGAUAGCUGCGCUAUGCGUUGUUUCGUACUACACAGUGUUGAUGGCCAUAACCCUGUUCUAUUUGGUGGUCAGUUUCCAGUCGGAACUCCCUUGGGCAACGUGUCGUGAGGAAUGGGGAUCGACUUGUUUCGACUCUGGAGGCUCCGUGAACAUUACUGCAGUUACCGGAAACGGCUCGCUACAGAGUUCAGCUGAGUUAUACUUCCUAAAGGUUGUUCUCAACGAGGUUGACUCCAUUGACGAAGGCAUUGGAACACCAUCUUGGCAGCUCAGCCUCUGUUUGCUUGUCAGUUGGAUCGCUGUUUACAUGGUUCUCUUUCGCGGGGUCAAGAGUUCAGGAAAGGCUGCCUACUUCCUCGCACUUUUCCCCUACGUUGUCAUGAUCGCACUUCUGAUCAGGGCGGUGACCCUUUCCGGUUCCGGGAUCGGAAUCAUGUUCUUUAUUACUCCAGACUGGACUAAGCUUUGGUCACCAACAGUCUGGUACGCUGCCAUAACGCAGUGUUUCUUCUCUCUCAGUGUCUGCUUUGGGGCUAUCGUGAUGUAUUCUUCCUACAACAACUUCAACCACAAGCUUUACAGGGAUGUAAUGAUCGUCACGACCCUGGACACGUUCACCAGCCUCAUUGCCGGCUGCACGAUAUUCGGAAUCCUUGGUAACCUGGCCUACGAAAUGGGGACGGAUGACGUGAGCACCGUAGUUCGGGGCGGAACUGGCCUGGCUUUUAUUUCGUACCCGGAAGCCUUGGCCAGGUUCACGUUCGUUCCCCAGCUCUUUUCGGUCCUCUUCUUCGUCAUGAUGUUGGUCCUUGGAGUGGGCAGUGCCAUGGCGCUCUGCGGUGCGGCGUUCAGUGUGGUUUGCGAUCGGUUUCCUCACGUCAACCAGUGGAAAAUCAUGCUCAUCAUAUCCGUCGUCGGUUAUUGUAUCGGCCUUGUUUACGUCACGCCGGGCGGACAGUGGAUAUUGACCCUUGUGGAUUACUACGGCGGGACAUUCGUCGCCAUAAUUGUUGGGACCGUAGAAAUUCUGACAGUCUUUUGGAUCUACGGUCUCCGGAAGUUCAUUGAUGAUGUGGAAUUCAUGACAGGCGUGAGGCCCGGGAUUUAUUGGAGAGUUUGUUGGAUGAUCGUCACUCCCCUUUUGAUGAUCGUGAUUCUGGUAUACACGGUAGCAAUAUACGAGCCGCCGACAUACAAUGACACUAUGUUCCCAACUUCUGCUUACGCCGCUGGUUGGGCGAUCCUGGGCUUUGCAGUGUUGCAGAUCUUUGGAUGGAUCGUUUAUCAGCUGUAUACAAAGAAAAGCUCUUCGGUUGCAGAGACAUUCAGGAAUGCUUUUCAACCUACCUCCAAGUGGGGUCCGACCGACCCCAAGCAUCGCCUCGAGUGGGAGUCCUUCAAAGACAUGAAAGCGAAAUCUUCUUCGAACGGACUUUAUGAUCUCUUUUUCAAGUAGCUUUCAUCAAAUUACACCUAGAUCGAAUCUAUGUAUAUGCAUACCAAUCAUCUAAAUCUACCAUAAUUGCAGUAUCGUUUCGACCACCUUACAAUUUUUCACUCAAACCUUUUAAGAUCGAAUAUAUUCAGCUCACAGUGAGCUUCAUGGCAUGUCACGCGGUUAAGCAAAAAACAAACAGAAUAGAAUAAGAUAACACCUGCAAAAGAAUAAAAAAAUACGCGUCUACUUCCAGUGCAAUUACUUUGUAUAAUGUAAACAAUGAACUAACUCCAGAUAUACAUUUUUAGAAGCCUGGAAGUAGGGAGUCAAUGCUUAUAGCCUAGGCAGGUGUAAACUUUAUUGACAGCAUUUGGUCGUUUUGGCUUGGUGCGAACGGUUACACGGCAGCUUUGUACAAAGGCCAGUCGUUGGCACGUUUCGCGUAGCUCUACGAUGUUUGCAAGAGUUACAGAUAAACUAAGCGUCGCGCAAACUGCAUGCUUUAAACUUGUGCAAGCGGUGUGCCAACUCGUCCCACUUCAAGCUAUGUGUUCUUGCAAUUUAGUAGGCUUGAGAUUUACUUUCAUUGUCAAACUUUGUGAGGAUAAGAUGUUGCGUACCGUGUUAUUCAUAAUCAGUUGCAAGACGUUUAUGGCGUCUGAAAUGACUUGUGGACGAUGGAAAAUAUCGCAAUAACGCUUAUCUCUAAUACAAUUUUACUGCGUGAGUUAUUGGUCAUCGGAUAAAGAUAGUGCUCCCCAAAACACAAUUCCUCAGCGAUAGCCUCAAAUGGGUGAUUAUAGGAUUUGCAAUGUUUAUUGGACAAAUAAAUUUUUUUUUUACUA